AUGGAGAAGCGAUGUAGUAAGGUUGAUGAUUCUGGUGGGCUAACAGAGAAAGAGAUGAUCAGAGCUGAGAGAAAUGCAGGUUUCAUUAGCAGUAGAUUGAGGGAGAUUCAGAUGCAAAACUAUUUGAGGAAGAAAGAACAGAAAACUCAACAAGAGAAGGAUCUUCGUGAAGGGCUCCAGUUUUUCAAGAAUGGUAAAUAUGAGGAAGCAUUGGAUAGGUUUGAGUCUGUGUUAGGCUCUAAACCAAGACCAGAUGACGCAUCAGUUGCAAAGCUGAUAAGAGUUGUGUUGAUAGGUUCAACCUGGUCUCUCGGCUCUGGAAGAAGCAUUGAAGUCAGGAUAUAG